AAGACACAUCAGCCGUCUGAGAUUCAUCAACCUGCCAGCUACGGGAGCAGAGAUGCAGAGCAGCAGAGCCAACGUGUCCUACGUGGAAUUCACCCUCGUCCCAUUCCCAGGACUCCAGGAGCUCCGGCCCUUCCUCGCCAUUCCUUUCUUCUGCCUGUUUCUCCUCAUUGUGGCCACCAACUGCAUCGUGAUCUACACGGUGAAGACGGAGGAGAGCCUCCACUCCCCCAUGUGCCUGCUCAUCGCCUUGCUCUUGACGGUCAACCUCUUUGGGACUUUUGCCAUCCUGCCCAGAAUGCUCUUCAGCCUGGUGCUCCCCGCCAGCCACAUCUCCCUGACCGAAUGCCUGGUGCAAAUGUUCUUCCUUUACUUCACAAUCCUCUUGGACUGCAACGUUCUUCUGAUGAUGGCUCUAGACCGGUUCCUGGCCAUCUGCCACCCACUGCGCUACACAGAACUCAUGACCAUCAAACUCCUGGGCUUCUUGAUGUUCCUCUCCUUGCUGAGAAGUCUUGGUACUGUUGGACCAGUGGUGGCCUUGGCCUCCCAGGUGCGGUUCUGCCGUUCAAACGUCAUCAGCCAUUUUGCCUGUGAACACAUGGCCAUCAUGAGGUUGUCCUGCAGCGACAUCUCCGUGAACAAGAGAGUGGGAAUUACCAUAAGGUGUUUUGACUUUCUCUUUGACCUCAGCCUCCUCCUGGCUUCCUACAGCCGGAUUGUCCACACAGCUCUGAAGAUCAACUCUGGCAACGUCCGUCACAAAGUCUUCCACACUUGUGGCACCCACUGGAUCGCGAUUGCCAUUGGCUACUCCUCUCGCCUCUCUUCAUCCGUUGUCUUCCGACUUGCCAAAUCAGCCUCACAGGAUGUCCACAACCUCAUCAGCGCAACCUACUUGCUCUUCCCCUGGACUGUCCACCCUUUGAUCUACGGUGUGGGAACCAAAGAGAUCAGAGCCAGUCUCCUGAAACUCUUCCAGAAAAACAAACUCUCUUGGCUUCCCAAAUCUCGGUGAGUUACCCAAAAUUGUACAAAAGUGGUUUUUCUUUGGUGUGGUGACAAACAAUCCAUGACCCUUCCCACAGGGACAGUGGACUUUGACCCGUUUCUAAAAUAUCUCCAAAAUAUCUCAAAGUAUUUCUAUUAAGAUGAAACAGAAUAAAGUCAGCAAUGGUAAUUUGCUGAAAUGACAUUUAUUAAAUU